UGCACCACACUAAAUGCUGUAGUACAAAAAAAAGUAAAAGAAAUCAUCAUUAGAACAAAUAAGAAAAUUGCCAAAUAUCAAGAAGAAUAUAAUUCGACAACUGAUUUAGAGCCUAAAUAUGAGCUAAUAAAUCAUAUACAGAACCUUACACAAGUCCUCAAUAAUGAAGAUAAAAAACUGCAAAGUCUAAAAAAAAAUGCAAAUUACCAGUGCAAAUGUAGAGAAAAAAAAGAUCAAGAUUUAAAUAAGCAUCAGCAAGUUGUAAAAUAUGGCUUGCCUGGGCACUCUUCUGUUUUGCACAAAUAUUUAGACUUAUUAGAGCAUAUUCAUGAAAGUAUAAAAUUCAGUGCUGCUGAUAGCAAAAGAAAAAAAGAAGUUAUUAAAAUCCAAACAGUUAUUCACUUACAGGAGGCACUAAAGUCAAAAUAUGAUGAACAUCUUUUUUGGUCUACUGUAUAUAAUUACUUGAUACCACAUUAUUUAAAUAUAAUAAAAGCAAAAAAUCACUAUCAUCCAACUAAUGUUCAG